AUACAAGGCAAUGAACUAUAUUCACUUAUGAUGCAAUAGUUCUAUGUAUCGUGACGUGUUUUGUUAUCAGUUAUAUUACUUUUAAGCUGAUAAACGGAAAUUUUGAUUACUACCAAAUGACUACACAUUCUUACAUAAUGCAGCCAGUAAGGAGGUCGUGUUUUUUCAUACUACUUUCCUGCAAUUAAUAUUACUACUACGAGCAGAUAUAAGGAAUUAAUAAUUAUUUCUUUAAUUAGGGUUUUGCUAAAAACUAUUGACUUUUACUCGAAUUCACAUGGAUUUAUGCAUGAUUAGUUAGUUAACCUACAGACAAUAUUCUUGAUUUCAAUGAAUCUACCUUGUUGUGGACCUUUUAAAAUCAGUCCUGAACAGGACAGUGUAAAGAAAGCUGAAGAGAAAGCACGUAAAAUAUCUGAAGAAAUUGAUAAACAAAUAUCCAGACAUAAAAAGAUGGAAGUCAAUUGUUUAAAACUUCUAUUAUUGGGCACAGGAGAAUCAGGCAAAUCUACUCUGUUAAAACAAAUGAAAAUUAUUCAUAUAAAUGGUUUCAGUAAUAAGGAGAAACUUGAUCAUGUUCCAAUUAUUAAACAGAAUAUCCGAGAUGCCAUAUUAUCGAUUCUCGGUGGAAUGAAAACAUUACAACUCGACUUUAUUCAAUCUCGUACCGCAGAUACAGCAAAAAGUUUAAUGGAAAAAUCUUUGGUAGAAGGAUAUACUUAUCCUGAGACCUUCUUUGAUGAAGUCGAUGAAAUUUGGCGUGAUCCGGGAGUUCAAAGAGCAUUCACAAGAGCCAGUGAAUUUCAACUAUUCGACUCAGCUACUUACUUUAUGCGGCGAAUGGAUACUAUCAGAAGAUCAGAUUAUAUACCAACAGACCAGGAUAUUUUGCGAUGUCGGAAAAUGACUGAUAGUAUAAGUGAACUACAAUUCGAUAUUCAAACUGGUCGAAAAUCCUCAGUUCGAUUUCGCAUAGUUGAUGUCAGUGGACAAAGAGGUGCACGGAAAAAGUGGAUCCAAUUUUUUGACAAUGUAACUGCAAUUUUAUUUCUUGUGGACUGCAGCAGUUUUGAUCAAACACUUCUUGAAGACAACCGACAGAAUCGUUUAAUUGAUUCACUUGAAGUAUUUGAACAGGCAUGGACUAAUAAAUACCUGAGACAAGUCCCAAUGAUUGUUUUCUUGAAUAAAAUUGAUCUUCUUGAAGAAAAAAUAUGCAGCGGUCAUAGGAUAGAUAAACUGCAUACACUAGCAGAAACUUGGCUUCAGUCUACCAGGUGUACAAGACGUAAAAAGUCACUUCUUAAUCUUCCAGAAAAAUUAAAUAUAAUACGUAAUAAUUCAUCCCUAUUUAAUGCAGAUGUAGGUUUUGAUAAGCGCACAUCAUCGAAAAGGCAAAGUAUUACAUCAAGUCGAAUAAAACUCCCCACUGCUGUAAAAUCUGCAUCAGCUGGUUACACGUCAAGCAAUCGUAAAUUUAGUCAAACACUAGGUGAUUCAUCUACAGCUGAACAUACACAGAAUAAUGAUACGUGGAGUGAACAAAAUCAAAUCAAUAAACAAUAUAGUAGUGUAAAUUCAUUACGUUCAUCAUUUAAAUUAAAUCACACACCUGAUUAUUGUACAGUGCUUCCAAUACUUGGUACAUCAUCAUCAAGUGGUCAAAAUAGUCGUGUAUCAUGUACAACAACUAUUGCUCGUUUAAUCACUGAUUGUCCGUAUAAAGAUUUUAAACCAACAGCCCAACAAAGAGCAGAAUUCUUGACUUGCCUACUUCCAUCAACCAAACCUAUGAAACAUAUUAACCAUAAGAAUGGGAACAACAAAUACGGAAUCAAUCAUCACGCGGGCUACAACAAGAACCAAGAAGAAGAAGACCAUGAAGACUGCAGACCAUACAGUCAACAACCGAAGUUUAUUGUCACACAUCCAGAAACAAUAAGAACUGCCUGUUAUAUUAAAUUUUUAUUUGAAGAAUUGACAAAACGAAGUACAGCUCCAUAUUGUCAAAAUCGAACUUGUUUAUUUUACUAUACAUGUGCUGUGAAUACAAAUAUGAUGCAUCACAUACUACAAGGCUGUCAAAGAUUUUUAAUUCAAGAUCAUUUAGAAAGAUAUGGACUAUUGUAAUACAAAUAGACCGAUACAUAAAUUGAAUCACUUUGUUAAUCAUCUUCGUUUUGUUCUGUUCUCUGUUAUUCAUUCUGAUUGUGACAUUUAAUAUUGUUCAUAUUUAACACUGAUAAUAUAUUACUAAUCUCAGUGUUUUAUACGUUUGUUUAUAUUUUUUUGAAAUAGAACUAAAAGUGCAUAUUAAUUCAUUAUGUCAUCAAAAAAGAAAUAUUUCAUGAAAAAACUUAUCUUUAUUACCUCAAAAGAUUAAGUUCACAUGACUGACAGAAUUAACAUAAUGGGUGAUUGAUUUUUUUCUCCAUUUAUUUUUGUUUUAAUGUGCAUUGGAAUAUUGAACACAAUUUGGUUAAACUAGCGGAUGGAAUUGUUGAGCAUUUAAAUUCCAAAUAAAAUAAAUGUAAUAUGA